ACGAUUUACGUGGUUCACUAACACGAAGUAUUUAUAGUACUUCUCCAUGUGGGUCUAAACCUAAUCCAAUAUGACAAAGGAAACGGUUACAGAUCAGGCCCAGAACCCGAACCCAAAUAACAUUGAGCCCAUACACCGUGGGCCGGGGGCGUUGCCCCUGGACCCCACUCGCUGACCGGGCAGCGAGACCCCCGAUUACCAGUCGUAGCGGCUGAUAGUCCGAUUCAAGUCACAUCAACAAAGGGUUUAGGGUUCAGGGUUCACUUAGGGUUUAGGGUUUAGGGUUUGAAACACAUGGUUCGUGUAGCACUUUGCCCACAUUGUCUGAUGGUUAGUGAUGAUUCAUGGAUGCGUGUACGCAUUAUAUGUCGAGGAUAGGCUUUCCCGAUGAUUUUCCGACGACUUUUCCGGCGAGCGUUGAAUUUUUCUGAUUCAAUACGUUCUCUGAAAGUUGGAUAUGUUGUCGAUUGUGAAACUCCUUAACCAAAGAUGUAUAUAUAUACAUUUUUUUUCAUCGAUGAUUUUCCGGCGACUUUUCCGGCGACUUUUCCGGCGAGCGUUGAAUUUUUCUGAUUAAAUACGUUCUCUGAAAGUUGGAUAUGUUGUAGAUUGUGAAACUCCUUAACCAAAGAUGCAUAUAUAUACUCUUUUUUUUUUGGUUGGCGGCAAAUAGCAAGCCCCUAGAAAAGAAAUAAAGGGAUAUGAUUGAAAUGAGAAGGAACAAAUCAGAACUUAUAUGUAUUUUGACCCUUAUUAUGAUGCCUCGUCUUUUCAUCAUAUUGAUAUGAUCUUAUACCAUUACGGGAUCGUUCCAUGCACACUUUAGUGAAAAAUAUGCUCAUCGUACUAAGCUAUUUAACAUGCUAUGCACUGAAGUUCAAUAUAUAACAACUAAAGCACUAAAAUCUUAUUUCUCAACCAGCAUUAGCAAUCUUGGUCUUCGAGUUUCGGGUAUUCACGGUUAUCCAUAGAUAAUAAUUAAUCUUUAUAACUCCAACUAAUAUGUUAACAUUCAUACAUAUACUCACAUUUCAUAUUACAUAAGUGGAAAAGUACUACAAUAAAUCACUAGAGUGAAGAAAAUCAAUUAAGAACAACACAAUUUCAUAAAAAUAUUAUAUUUGUAUGUUAAAUAUCAAAUAUGUUGAGAAAAAUAACAAUCAUAUUCUAGACAAAAUACAUAAAUAUGUGUAUAAUCGGUCGGGUUCGGGUUGGAUAAUACGAAAACCAUGCACGUCCAUUAAUCACAGUAUUCGGACUCGGAUUUUAUACGUACCCAUUGAAUAUCUUUUAAAUUCGAGUUUUACCUUACCCAAUUAGAUGGAAUUAUGCAUGUGUAAAAUUCUUAUCAAGCAAACUCGGGCUAGUCACCAAUUUGAUUGAUGGACCCGCUUAUCUUUGCCGCAUUAGGCAUUAAACCCAAACUUCUUAGACACACUGAAGCACAAAAUCAUUAGGCUACCAUGGGGAGCGGAUCAGGUCACUAACUCUAUGGUGAGUAACCAUGAGUAACUUGUCCACGUCAGUAUGACAUCAGUAGCCUCUCUCUCAUGAAAAGUCUUUUAUCUUUUCCCCUUUAAUCUUUAACAGACGAUUUCUCUUUCGUUUUAUGUCGAAUUUUAAUUUUUUUGCACAGAUAAAUCAGAUUAAAUAUGCUCUUCAAAAUGAUAUCCACUUUGAUAUAUUUUUAGUACAUUAACUGUCAUUUACGACUUUCAUCAUUGUUUACUACAAGUUACCAAUCACAUACCAUAAUGGUAAAGUAUGAUAAUUUUUGAUUCAGUAUUUUUUUCACCCAUAAAUUUAUAGAUCCAAUAGAUCAUCAUUAACUCGUUCCUUCUGAGCAAACGUUUUCAAAAACGACUUAAAAACGAAGAAGUUACCAUAUGGUAUGUAGUUGGUUAAAAAAAAAGUUUCUCGAAAUAUAUUGAAAAUUGAUCUCAUUUUGUAGAGCACAACGAACUCGUUCCAUCUGUGCAAUUUUUUUUUUUUUUGAAAUCCGAGUUAGAACAAAGAAGAUAAGAGCCAAUUAAGAAAACUAGGGAAAAAUAAAAUGUCUUUAAUUGACAACUCUUAGAUUUGAAUUUUCUGGACCCACUUAAAUCUAAAGGUCCAGAUUUAGUUACCGAUAAGUUCCUAGGUUACUGACCCUAUCCUAAGCUGUUAGCGUGUAAGCCGAUUGCUUCGUUCGUGCUAUCAGCUUCUCCAUCGGCCUCCUUUCUUUAGUUUCCUCUAGACUUUGCAAUCGCUAGAUCAAUUGAGAGCAAUAUGCUUGCUCAUCAAUUCUAAUUAAUGGGUGCAUUUGUAAAUCAAUGUGAUAUAUUUUAAAUUUUAAUCACAUCAUCAAAUCAUCAAACACUUAUAUUAUAUGUUUCACUCUAUAUAUAUACUUGAUUUGCCACGUUGGCACUGCUGGCUUCUCCAUGCUUCACGGAAGGGCAUUUUUGCCAAAGUGACAAACGCAAUUUAAUUAUGUGUCUGAUGACUCGGUAUUUGCACAUGUUUUCCCCUUUGUUUCUUGAUUGUUUGAGCUUGAAUUAUUGCGUCUUUGGCCUAUUUUAUGCUAGGUUGUAUUCCUUUGUCCCAUUUCAGGUCCUAGCACAUAAAGUGAAGCAUAGGCGCAAGUUUCAAGUCAAUCAGAGAUCAAUUGACGAUUCGAGAGAAGAAACUCGGGCAUGACCUGAAGAAGAAUGGAUUUCUACCUCACUUUAUGGACAAAGAAUCAUGCAAGCUUGUUAUGAAACGAAAGAGGACGAGACUACGAGCGUCUGGGAUCAAACGGCGAUUGAUUCGGAGUCCGGACGAGGGAGAAACGAAGCAUUAAACAGAGGCUGAGCAAGUUGCACGGCCAGAAUGGUGAUAUGCACGGCCGUGCACCCUGGCCGUGCGAGAGGGCUGAAGUUCGACUAAAUGACACGCUGCGUUUUGAGUUGCACGGCCAGAAUGGUGAUAUGCACGGCCGUGCACCCUGGCCGUGCGAGUCGGGAUUUCCUGGUUUUAAGCCAAAUUCCGAACCAAAGAGGAGUGAGAGCUGGGUUUUGGAUCCCAAACACCCAAGGGACGAACCCUAGAGAUAGAGGGCGAUUUGAGGGCAUUCUUGGAGUAGAGAAGGAGGAUUUCUUCGCCUUGGAAGCUCGAGGAACAAGCCCGGACGUGAAGACUGAUCAUCUGAAGAUUCUUACUGCAGUCUCUCUCUUCUCUAUGGAGUAACUUCCCUUCACUUAGGUUUUGAGGAACCCUAGCUAUGUUUGUUUGAUUGGAUGAUUGUAUGAGUACUCUGACUGGAUAAUCUUGAGUUCAUAUUCAAUCUAUGCAUGUUUUCAUGAUUCAAUUCUGCUUUAGUCGAGAUUAUUGAUUCUGCUUUGAUCCUAUGAGAGGGAAUACCUGAUUAGGUCAAUAGAGCACCAUAGAUUGAUAGUAGUGGAUCGAUUGCUUUAGUCGAGGGUUGAUUCACUGCUUUGUAUCGAUUGAGAACCCCUUUCGAUAGAGGGAGUCUAGUUCAGAACGCCUUGAUCAGUUGUUCUAGAGAAGGAUACGUCCCUCUAGGCAAUUGACUCAAGAGGGCCUUGUUCCUUUAGUCGAGACUCAAGGUCUAGUCAAGGAUUCUCCGCAUUGUGAAUGAAAGUGAAACAGGUUAGAGAUCAUCAAUCAUUAAUCUGGCUAGUGGCUAGGGGGAAUCAUACCUAAGUGAGUUCCCAACCUGUAAUUAGAUUAACUUUAACUGUAGUUUGCUAGAGUAGUUUUAGUUCUUUCAUCUUAAUCUGAUUUGCUAAAUAAUAAACUGAAGCUGAGUAAUAGUAACUCUAGAGACCCGUGGAUUCGAUAUUUAUCACUUGAGCCACUAUACUGCAGUCCCUCUCAUUGGUUACACUUGGCCUUUGUUAGGUGUUGUGUUUUUGGAGUGUCAGUGUCCCUUGACUUCCCCCAUACAGUUGCACUGUGACCGUGGGCCUUGCAUCCAACAGCCCAAAUUGUAAUGCAUCCUUACCGUUGUCCCAGGAUAUGUGAAGUGCCAGCCUCUAUCUCUUGGCUCCCGUGGUUCCUAAAUUCAAAUUUAGAAGGCCGAGCGAUGUUAUUCGGCAGGCUUCCGAAUUCAGAUUAAUUUGGACCUCUAUAAUCCGUAUCAGUUAUCCCUCCCCUCAAUCCAAAAACUAAAUAUAAUAUUUGUCUAAAUUAUAAUUACAAUACGAUAAAAAGCCUCGGCGACGGUGAUGUUCAAUUUCAAAACUAUGUGGUAGCUAUUUAACUUAGAGCUAGAGUUCUUUUCUAUUAGGAAUCUCCUUCACUACAUCUCCUUAAUUCCAACACUGCGUUGUUGGAGUUUCUUAAUUUUUUUACAAUUGUCUGGGUCAAUUUCAUUAGCAGAUUAUGCUUCAUUCUUUCUUCUUUCUUCUGACUUUUCUAUCAUGGAACUAACUUUUGGCAAGUAGUGAAAAAUCAUAAUGCAUCGACGGUUCGAACAAUAAAACCUUAUACUGGAAGCAAAAUCGUUAGAAGGUGUUUAGCAGUAUGAAACGGCUGAACCACGAUUUCAGCAUAAAUAUCUUAUCGCUAA